AUGACGUUAUAGUAAUGUCCGUUGCAAGAACAUAUCAAAUCAAAUACCACAAAUACAAAACGGCUGUAGUUCGUUAUGAUAACAUAUCAAAAUUGUGAAGUAGUCGCCAGUUUCUUUUUCUACAUUACCGUCAAAUUUCUCAGUGUACUAUUCGAAUACUAUAACCCAAUGUAUAAGAAAAGAGCGCCAACUUUAACUAGCAUUCCAGAGAGAAACGAAAAUGAGGAGGUUAGGAAAUGGGUCCCAAAGAAGAAGCAUGAAGUGUUGAAAGCUAAAUAUAAAUGUUUGAAGAAAUUAUUCCAGAUUUACGAUGCUAGUGUUAUUGGUAUACUACCAGAGCCAUGUCAAGACGCCGAAUCAAUAGAAGAAACGGAAAUAGAUGUCAAGCAAUCUAAAAGGAAAAAACGGUCCAAUAGAACAAAAACCGACGCGUGCGCGGGAACUAUUGAAGUAUCCAACGGUGAUGUAACUGAACAGUCGGAAUCUGAGAGAGGAUCGACUAUAGCCACGGCAGUAAUGAGAGACCUUAAAAUGACCCAAUGUUCAUGUACCUCAACACAAUAUGACGGAACAAUAUCCAAAUAUGAUACAUACGCGACUACACAAGUCUCUAAAGAGAAUGUAACUGAAAGAGAAUGUGAUUGCACACAAACGCACCCAACAGUAAAUCCUAAUCCUUAUUUAUUGCUCAAUGGAAAACCAAAGAUAACCAGAUUCCAGUGGUUCAUACAAAGAAUUUUCGGUAUACGCGGAGAAUACAAAAAUUUUUCAAACGGCCAUGUUUAUGCAGCCAGUGAUAAUAAUAUAACACACCAGUAUGGAGAGAAAAGGAGAAGACGCGGACUUAGAUUCAGAAGAUUGAAAAGACCGAAAAAGAUUCAAUCGGAAAGCGGAUUGAGGAGUGUAAGGAGUCCAGCAAUACUGACGUUCGUCCAAUCUGUUCAGCGGAGCUGCUUGAUGGAUACUACACCUAGACAAUGUCCAAUUGUGGGAUGUAAGAUGAUGUUUUAUGGUAUUAUCAAUUACAACGAUCACCUUAACCUUUGCCAUUUUACUGGCAGAAAAUAUAUCUGCCAUUACUGCCACGAGGGUUUCGAGCGAGAAUACGAUAAAUAUGUACACGAGAAUGAUCAUAUUGGUAUAACCAAACUGAAUAUAACCUCAGCGCCAUCAACUGACAGACAAUCCAGUAAAAAGGCCAGUAAUACUCAAACAGAUCCACAAUUAACGAAAAUCAAUGUACAAGAAGAGAAAUUGAAGAAGAUCGUAUCAUUUUUUGAUAAAAUAACCGAUCCUGAACAAGUGAUAACACAGAUUAAAAAGGAUAGAUUUUCCGAAUCGAAUUUGCGAUGUCACAGAUCUAAGAUGGAGACAACCAUAGAUAAUAUAACUAGCACAGAUAACAGCUCGGACGGAGACAAGCGAACGGUCAGCUGCGUAAACCUUCGUAGAAAAAACAAUAGGAUCUUUAAUAAUUAUAUUUCGUCAGGCGAUUCAGAUUUUACUUCACAAAUUCCAGUUUCUCAAGUAACUUGCAACUUUUGUGGAGAAAACUUUGAAUUCAGACGUCAGCUAAGUCUUCACAUGGACUUAGAACACCGCACCCACAACAAGUACUCCAAAUUUCACAGUUGUGCCGGCAUCACUAACCCCAAACGUUGUGAAAUGCUUUCCGAGGAUGGUAAAGUCAAUAUACUUAGCGAACAUCAAAAUCCUUCAACCAUACGACGCAUCAACACAUGUUCCACGCUGACCCAAGAUUCGGAAUAUUCUAGAAAUUCAGAAGAGACGCUCAGAUGUGAUCCGUCGACCAAUAUCGUGUAUUACAGUUCUUCGGAAGCCGCAAAACCGUCUAUGGAGAGUUUUGUCAAUAGGGGCGGGUACAAAUGGGAACCAGGUACUAAGAUUAUACAUGUGUGAGCGUAGACGUCAUGUUAUGUAAUAGUUAUUAUAAUCUGAAAUUGA